AUGGCCUCUGAAUUCCCCAGAAGACUUUACACCAAAGGGUAUGAGCCAGUCCCGGAUAAAAGCAUCGGCUAUUACGCUGAUGAUUAUAGGCUUGUCCCUGCACUAAAGUCAGCUCUAGAGGAGGAUGAAUGGGAAGAGAUUUACGAGUCACCAGGUACGAGAUCUGGAGCCUCAUUGCAUGAGUUUGAGGAGAUCACCGGACUCAACUGCGGGUACGUGGAUGACUUGGCUUUAACUGAUCUUGCGCUUACCGAUGACACACAUGCAUUUUGGGAGCUAAUGGGGGUCGAUGCCGAGUCGGGCCCAAGCACUACCGAAAUUAUCGAAGCAUGUUCCAACUGCUCAUCAUGGUCUCGUGAUGAUAGGCUGCGGUUGGGUUAUCUUGGGAUCUACGCUGGUUUCAUAGUGGCAACGAGACCCGGCUCAUCCACAAAUGUCAACUAUGCCAGACUAGUGAUGGAUCUCGAAAGUUUUAAGGAUUUUCCAUGGGGAAGAAUUGCUUUUCAGCAUUUGAUCAAUUCUGUUAAGGAGAAAGAUCUCAGCAAAAACAUUCAUAUAGAAGGAUUUGUGCAAGCUCUUCAACUGUGGGUUUACUAUGCUCUACCGGAUUUUGCUGCUGAAUUUGGCGAACCAUUGCCAAAUGUUAUUGAAGAACCUCUUUUGCUGGCUUACAAAGGAUCCAGAGGACGAAAGAACGUCAAAGCCAACAUGCUAAAACAGGCUCGCAUACAGUCCUGCGUGGCUAAGGACUUGGCGGAUAUGUUUCCCGUGUGGGACGAUGACGAACAUGAUCCAGAUAUUGUAAAGAUUGUCAAUGCACUCCAUGACCCCAAUUUCAAGUUCUUAAAAGAACAUUGGCCUUUGGAAGGUGUUUUGGGUGCACACAUCGUCAAGUCAGAAGCCGGAAAGAGGAGCCUUCCCUCAGAUGAAUCAAGUCGCAAGAGACCCUGCACAGCCUCUGCAUCUGCCGCAUCAUUCGUUGGUGAUCAAGGGGUCGGAGUUGUCGCUACUAUGAAAGCGCACUUCGACCAAUGCUUCGAAAGCUUUUCAACCAAGAUGCUGAGUGGUCUUGGUAGCUGUGAAAAGCAGAUCAAACUUCUCACCGAGAAGGUUGAAUCUGUAGAGCGUGCGGUAGAAGAGUUGGCUACAGGGUCGGCGAAGCACACUGAGGAAGAGCCAACCCAGCAGCAGGUCACAGGAUCCAAGAAGCAUGAAGGGAGUAAUUCAGAGAAAGAUGAUGUUUCGAAGAAGGCUAAUGUCAACGUUGGUGCGUGUGAGAGUGUUAACGCCCCCGGGGAUGCAAAAGGAAAGAAAGCUGCCGUAAUCAAUUUUUUGUUCCGUUUUGUUGCUCUGUUCGUCUUCUCCUUCGUUCUCUUCUCUGCUUUGGUAAUAUUCUUAGGAAAAUUUCGGCCGGUGGUGCGGUCAUCGGUCAAGACGGUUCUCGGUGGCUCCGUACCAACAUUGAUUUUCCUAAAAUAUCCUUCGUCUUCUUGGUUAUUUACAAAACACGACCUCUUUUGCGUUUUCUCCGACGCAAACGACUCGUCUAAACUGUACAAAGAGCUUCCGCUCGCCGUCGAAAUCGACGACUUUGGCCGUCAGAUCGUACGGUGUUCAGCCGUGCCACUUGGCAAUAAUGUAUCGCUCGUCGUUUCGAGAUGGACAGUUGAUAAUCACCUCCUGGUAGGACCCACGCACCUUUGGGAUUGGCUGGUUUACGACGCCGUGAUAGACCAUGAUAACUCCACGGUGGUUUUCAUCAAGGGGCUAAAUCUACGGCCAGGAAGAGCUGCUGACGUGUCAAGAUACGAGUGUGUGUAUGGUUGGGAUUUCACGAAACCCAAACUUUUGCUGAGAUCAAAAGUUAUCUCGGCGGCUCAAGAAAUCGUACGGUGUAAAACGCCGUUAACAGUAUUGGACGACCCAAAACUGGUCCAGUCUCCUCCAAUGAAAGUCUCUGUGAGAAUCAAAGGAAGCGUGAUGCUUCCUUCCGUUGCCCAUCCAAUUAACCAUCCGGGUCGGGUCAAAAACUCGAAAAAGAAACGGUUUGAAACGUGUGUUUGCAGCAUGACGCGAAACACAGCCAACGUUUUGAGAGAGUGGGUGAUGUACCACGCCGGAAUCGGUGUUCAACGGUGGUUCAUCUACGAUAACAACAGCGACGACGACAUAGUUUCCGAGAUUACGAAUCUGAAAAAACGCGGUUACAAUAUCUCGAGACAUUUUUGGCCGUGGAUCAAAACUCAGGAAGCUGGAUUCGCCAAUUGUGCGAUUCGAUCACAAAGAGAGUGCGAUUGGGUCGCGUUUAUCGACGUCGACGAGUUCUUCUACAUCCCGUCUGGUCAAACACUAAUCGAAGUCAUCAGAAAUCACACAACACCAUCAUCGUCCGGUGCGAUCGGCGAAAUUCGAACGCCGUGUCACAGCUUCGGACCGUCAGGUCUUAGAGAUCCACCACGCGACGGAGUCACGGCGGCGUACACGUGUUGAAUGGCGUUGCCAGAGAGGCACAAGAGUAUAAUUCGACCGGAAUCCCUAAACGCGACGCUGAUAAACAUCAUGCACCAUUUUCACCUGAGAGAAGGGUUCGUGUUUGCUGACGUGGAUAAGGGUACUAUGGUAAUUAACCAUUACAAGUAUCAGGUUUGGGAUAUUUUUAAGGAGAAGUUUAAAAGGAGAGUUGCGACUUACGUGGCGAAUUGGCAAAACAAAGAGAAAGAUCGGGCACUCGGAUUAGGGACCCGACCCGUUGAACCGUCUGAUUGGGCUGAGAGGUUUUGCGAGGUGAGAGAUAUUGGGCUUAGAGAUUGGGUUCUGGAAAAUUUCAUAGAUCGUAAAACGCAGCGUUUAGUGUGGGAUAGAGAAGAGAAGAGAAUUGAAGAUGAAGUUAUAGCUCAAAUAAGCUCGUGGGCCGAUAAAAGGGUUGGUCGGAAGAGGAAAAAGCAAUUGAAAGCACAAUAG